UGCAUUUUUCUAUUAAGUUUUAAAUACCAGCUAAGACCAGCUUACUGCUUAGUGCUUACUGGCUACUGCCUAGUUAACACUAACGGCAAUAACUCUGAACGUGUCUCCACCAAUAAUAGUAUUAUUUAUAUUUUUUAAUUUUAUAAUUUGUUAAUUAGUCUUAAGUGUGACUAGUUUUACUCACUGAAAGUAAUUAAGUGUAAUUUAAUUGUUAUCUCGAUUUUUUUAUACAUAAAUACCCUUACCUAUAUGCAAUUCAAAUAGUCUUGUGUGGGACUUGUUAAAGUUUAAAACUCUGGUUUCAGUAGCUCAAAUUAAUACCUCUUUUAACAUGGCUAAUGAAGUAUAUAUUGUGUCUGCUGUCCGUACACCGAUAGGGUCAUUUGGCGGCUCAUUGUCAUCCCUGAAAGCUCAUCAAUUAGGCUGCAUAGUUAUUUCAGAAGUACUUAAAAGAGCUAAUGUCAAUUCAAAUGAAGUAUCUGAAGUUAUUCUUGGACAAACCCUCACAGCUGGACAAGGUCAAAAUCCAGCUAGACAAGCAUCAAUAAAUGCUGGAAUUCCAAUCACUGUACCCGCUCAUGUAAUCAACAUGCUCUGUGGAUCUGGGUUGAAGGCUGUGGUUCAUGGAUAUCAGGCAAUUAAAUGCGGAGAUUCUUCAAUUGUCGUUGCAGGUGGCCAAGAGAGCAUGAGUAAUGCACCUCAUGUUGUCAAUUUACGAUCUGGUAUCAAAGUGGGUAACACUCAAUUGAUGGAUACUAUGAUAUGUGAUGGAUUGACAGAUGCAUUUGACAACAUACACAUGGGCAUCACUGCUGAAAAUAUUGCUGAAAAGUAUAAUAUUUCAAGGGAACUUCAAGAUGAAUAUGCUUUUGAGUCUCAGAAACGGACAGCACAAGCUCAAAAAAAUGGUUACUUCAAAGAUGAAAUAAUACCAGUUGAAGUGAAAGUACGACGGAAUACCAUUGUAUUUGACACAGAUGAAUUUCCAAAAAAUGAUACUACUUUAAAUUCAUUAUCUGCAUUGAGACCUGUUUUUAAAUCUAAUGGUGGUGUAGUCACUGCUGGAAAUGCAUCAGGAAUAAACGAUGGUGCUGCAGUAGUACUUUUAAUGAAUGGAGAAGAAUGCAAAAAACGUGGUUGUACUCCGUUAGCUAAAAUCGUAGCUCAUGCUGAGUGUGGGGUUGAUCCAAAAAUAAUGGGUAUUGGACCAAUACCUGCUGUGCUUAAGACAAUUGAAAAAGCUGGUUGGACAAUGGAUAGUGUGGAUAUAUUUGAAUUGAAUGAAGCAUUUGCUGCUCAAUCAAUUGCCGUUGUGCGUGAUUUAGGAUUAAAUUCAGAUAAAGUCAACAUCUAUGGAGGUGCUAUUGCAUUGGGUCAUCCUAUUGGAGCUUCUGGUGCUCGUGUAUUGGUAACAUUGGUGCACAUAUUGCUGAGGACUGGUAAAAAACGAGGCAUAGCAUCCUUAUGCGUUGGCGGAGGUAUGGGUAUUGCUGUUGCUGUCGAGACAUUAUAAUCACUGAACACUUAUUUGUUCUCUGUACAGGACAUUUGACUGUAACAUUACUGAGGAAAUAUUUAUUGAGUAUCACCUAACAUAGGAAAAUUAGGUUUUUUGAAAACAGGGUUGAUAAUUUUUUUUCAUCUUGUAUUCUAUUUAAAAUUAAAAUAUACUUUUUUGUUAAUGGGUUAUGGGCUAUGACCAACAUUUCAAUGUUUAUUAUUGUUGAUAAUUCAUUCAUUUUAAAUUAUUGUUAAUUCACAUUGAAAUGUUAUCCUGUAUUCUAAGCAUUACAUUUUUUUAAUUCAACUGUCCAAUUAAGAUGAUUUAAGUUCAUAAAUUUAAGCACAUUUUAUAUCAAUUAAUUUUAAUAUGUAUACAUUUUUAUAGAAAACAAUUUAUUAUGUAAUAAUUGAGUGUUCAUACUUUACAAUGUAUUAAACUACUUUUUUAUCAUUGCAGGUGUAAAAUCACACUUCGAUAAUUAUCUG